UCCGGGGAGAACCUUCUCUCUCAUGCCCUGCUCCUUCCGUCCUCGUCUCUCUCUCUGCGAUUCUACGGAUUUGCUGUGCUGUGGGUCCCGCCGCACCCCACGACUCCCCUCCGCUGUAGCUUUUUAAACCAGUUUCCUUUUCCUCCUCAUAAUUUCCUCCUUCCCCUGCCGCUAUCGGCGAUCCCGCCCCGCCGCUGCUCUCUCUCUCGCGAUGUCGAUCUGCGCCAGGAUGGACGCGCCACGCGGCGGCGCGCUCGGGAAGCGGAAGGAGCGGGACUACUUCUCGCCGCCGCCGCCGCCUUCGUCGGAGCAGCAGAAGGCGCCGCUCCCGCCGCUGCCUAGGAAGCCCGAGCAGCGCAACAAGCCGCUUCAGCUCUCGCGGUUCGCCACCAAGCCCACCACCAUGCCGCCGCCGCCGCCUCCCCAGGGCGCAAACAGCAAGCUCCUCGCCGGGUACCUGGCGCACGAGUUCCUCAGGUUCGGCACGCUCCUCGGCGAGCGCCCGCCCGCGCCGGCCCGGAAGGGGUACUCCGCCGCGCCCGCGCCAGACCCCGCGAGGAGGUACGCCGAGGCGUCCACGCUGCUGAUGAUGGCGGGAGGGCCCCGCGUCCCCGGCGUCGUCAACCCGACGCAGCUCGGCCGCUGGCUCCGGAUUAAGGAGUGAUGGCGGCGGCGCGCAUUGCCCGAGGUAGGCGAUUCGCGUCCGGGUGCGUGCCGGUGACGCCUGCACGGCCCCCGAGGCGACCGUCCUGGCGAGGAACCCAUGCUUUUUGGACAUAGUAAGUCGUGGUGGGUACUUUCGACGUAUCCUUUCCCUUUUCCUAAUUUUCCAGUUGUUUCGUUCUCAGAAGUUCAUGUAGAUUUGAUUGAGAAACUAGAGGCACUAGCUUUUGACGCGUUGUUGCUGGUACUUGUAAACAUGUGUUCCUCUGUCUAUCUGAACUCUCCGUAGUCUGUAUGACUAAAUCUCUUGAUGAAUCUCCGAUUAU